UAAUCUUCAGUGUACUUUAACAAGUUGUGAUAGUGAUGUGUUUAGGUUAUGUUUUUAAUAUUAUUCCACUUGGUUGAAAUGUUAUUAAUUGUGGAAAAUAAAGUUAUUAUUACGUGAAAAUUGUACAUUAGAAGGAAUUUGGACAGUUGAAAGUGCUCGGAAAGUAAAACAUGUGAAAUUCCCUUUAACAUCACUUAUAUAUUACCACCCAGUGACUUAAAUAUAUUUUAUACAAACAUAUACUUACUAGAUACCUAAUUAUACACUUAGACUGAAGAUAGAUAAGCUAUAACCAGUGACAAUGUUGUGAAUCAAGUGUACUAAAGUGAAAUAAGUGAAGUGUAAAGUUAAAAUGCGGACCGGUAGCGAAGACAAGGACUCUGAAAAGGAGAAAUUAAAUCCCAACGGAUGGCUCCAGUCGCGUCCUAGCCAGCAGUUCAACGUGAUUCGACGGGUAUACCAGCAGGAUGCGCUGAACAAAGAUGCUGACUAUCAAGUGCCUGAGAAACCUUUGAGCUACAGAUGCAAACGAGCAAUUCAAAGCUGUGGGUUUGGAGAGUGCUUUCUGAAUUCCCUACCGAUCGCAAGAUGGCUGCCUCGGUACAGCCCCAAGAAGUACCUAGUUGGAGACCUGGUCGCGGGCGCCACCACUGCCGUCAUGCAUAUUCCCCAAGGUAUGGCCUAUGCGUUACUUGCCGAGGUGCCUCCCAUAGUGGGUCUUUACAUGGCGUUCUUCCCAGUGCUUAUCUAUGUGAUAUUUGGAACCUCCCCCCAUGUCUCUAUGGGGACUUUUGCCGUCGCUUGCCUCAUGGCGGGAAAGGUGGUGACACAGCAUGCAACUCGUCCUGAAGUAAUAAGUGUAAUGAAUGACACAUCAACAGAACAUCCAUUUCCUUUGAUGGCAGUUGGCUACACACCGCUUCAAGUCCUUUGUGUAGUUUCCCUCACCGUUGGUCUGAUACAGGUAGCGAUGUGGAUAUUGAGGCUAGGCGCGGUGUCGACGCUACUAUCGGAACCUCUGGUAUCUGGGUUUACCACCGCAGCGUCUUUCCAUGUACUGGCCUCGCAGUUGAAAGAUCUCUUCGGGAUUAGACUUCCUAAACUGGGAUCUAACUACAAAGUUGUAUUUACAGUGAUAGAAAUAAUCAAAAACAUCCCGAGCGCAAAUUGGACUGCUUUUAUGAUAUCGGUCAUCGCUUGCGUCGUCAUAGCUUUAAACAAUGAAGUAUUAAAGCCGUGGGUAAGCAAGCGAAGCCGCGUCCCAGUGCCUAUAGAGUUGUUAGCGAUCGUCAUCGGCACCCUAGCGUCAAGCCUGGGCAAUCUCAAGCAGAACUACGGGAUCUCACUAGUCGGAACUAUUCCUACCGGAUUACCAGAACCAAACGUUCCAGCCAUAGAGCUAAUGCCACGGAUCGCUCUAGACGCGUUCACCAUCACCAUGGUAACCUACACCAUAUCUAUGUCCAUGGCGCUCAUCUUCGCUGCCAAGGAGAAGUACGAGGUUGACGCUAACCAGGAACUAUUGGCUUUGGGAGCAAGCAACGUGUUUGGUUCGUUCUUUUGCUGCGCGCCACUUUGCGCCAGUCUGUCCCGGUCUUACAUACAGUACCAGGCUGGCAGCAAAACCGGUAUAACUUCAGUAGUGAGCGCCGUGCUGAUUCUGUGCGUGCUGCUGUGGGUCGGGCCAUUCUUCGAGCAACUGCCGCGCUGCGUGCUUGCCUCUAUCAUCGUGGUCUCUCUUAAGGGCAUGUUUAUGCAAGUUAAGGAGCUCAACAAGUUCUGGAAGCUGAGCAAGCUUGAUGCUGUGGUUUGGCUCGUCACCUUCCUAGUUACAAUGCUGAUUAAUAUCGAUAUUGGACUGGGUGCUGGGUUACUAGCGAGUGUGGGCGCGCUGUUCUGUCGCUCACAGAAACCUUACACCUGUCUUCUGGGACGAGUCCUGGACACGGAUUUGUAUCUAGACAUCAAGAGAUAUCGUGCUGCCGAAGAAAUCCCUGGCAUAAAAAUAUUCCACUACUGUGGAGGAUUAAACUUCGCGAGUAAGAAUCUUUUCCGUGCAACCCUGUUCCGAAGAAUUGGGUACUUGAAGAAGAGGGAUCAGCGUGCAGAUGAUGAUAGCAAUUACAGCAAGACUGACUUCGAGUGGGAUUCCAGUAUUGGGAAUAGGGUAUACUGCGUCAUAAUAGAUGCUACAGCAUUAUCGUACGUGGACGCGCCGGGGAUUAAGAGUCUGGUGGCCGCGCAGAGGGAACUGAUUGCUAACAACAUAACAGUGUUGUUGGCGGGAGCUAAUGGGCCCGUAUUAGAAAUGAUAGAACGGUACAACUCAUUAGAAUCCGAAAGACUUCAACUAGACACGUUCCCCACUGUCCACGACGCUGUGGUGUACUACAAAAUGUUGGAGGCUAAGAAAGAGCCAGUUCUUACUAUAUCUUCGUGAUCGUAACAUCUACCAAUGAGCUAGUUAUACCAAUUUAAUAGCAAUCCAAUUUGAGUACAUUUAAAAGAGAUUGUUGUCAGGCACAAGUAUUUUAGGUAGCAAGUUCAAGAUUAGUUUGAAUAUGAAGUAAAUAUAAAUAUGGUUAAAAUAUGGUUUAAAUAUACGACUCUAUUAUAACCUAUUUUUGAACCGUUUAAUAAUGAUCAAAAUACCAUCCAUUUUAUUAUAUUAGAUUUUUAAUGAACGAUUGCCUUACAAGAUUCGUGAUCAUCUUAGAUUUUAAAGAAUAAUGGUCUAAAUUAAUAAUCAAUCUGUAAUCUGUCUAUAAGUAACUUAGCAGUGUUUUUAUUUGUCAUAAAUUGUACAGUUUUUUUGACAAAUAACGUUUCUGAGGUCGAAAUCUAUAGAGCGCACUUUGACUUUGCUUAGACUUAAGUUCCAAUUAAAACGAACAGAUUUAUGCCAGCGGUAUUACGCUGUCUCGUUUUACCAGUGUCUUAAGUCUAAGCAAAGUAAAAAUGCUCCCUAUAGAUCUCAGCCUAAAUAACAUAACGGCACAUUACAGAUAGAUUGAUUUUAUUUCGACUGUAAGUCAAGCAUAGGUCAUAAUUUAGUGAAGGAUAAAAAUGAUGUAUCAAUUGAAUAGUGAUUUUCAACGAAUUGUUAUAUUUUACUUACCUAUUAUAUAUGUAUUUUCUCGAAAUGGAAAAUUAUUUAGUGCAAUAUUAAGUUAUACUGAAUGUUUUUUGAACAAUUAACUCGAAUCAAUACAAUGAGCGAAUAGUAAAUUCGAAUAAAUACUUUUUCUGUUUUUAGUACUUACAAUAACUCAGUCAAAAGAUGUGAUAAAUAACAAUAAUAAUAAGUAAAGUUAAAUAAAAUUGGACCCAAAUGGUCUUUGAUAGAUUUUUUUCAAAUCUUGAAAGUACAAAAUGUUCUGAGGCUAGUUUCUUUUUUUUUGAAUUUUUUAGGUCUUAUUUAUUUUUAUGAAGCUAGGACCCUUUUCACCUUCAAAUAAAUAAAUAAAUUUAUAAUGUAAAAUAUAUUUUUAUAAAUUAUUUAUUCAAGAUUUUAAAGAAAUCAAAUUUUGAUUAAAAAUAUACUAGAUAAGAUGUCGAUCGUCAAAAAAAAAACUUGUGAAAAAUUAGUGUUCACCCAAGAUUAAGAACCUAUUUUUAUUAUUUGACUUUCUUACUAGAAAGUCAAAUUGGCGUAGUGUACUUUUAAAAGUAAUAAUGAUAAACAUAUAAACACAAGUGUAGUUAUUUAGUUUUUAGUAGUUUAAGUGUAUUCUAUAUCUAGUACAUUAUUAAUCGAAGACAUCAUAAUAUUAUAAUACUUUCAAUAUCAAUUCUGUUACAGAAAAAAACAUUUAAUAAUGUUACUUAAAAUCCUACUUACAUUUUUUUAGUACUUAGUUCCUUGUAUAGAAUAAUUUAUAGUUUUGUGUUAUUACAUUAAGGAGUUAUCGUGUCAUAACGAAUAUAUUUAAGGCUGUACAACAAUAAAUAAUAUAUAUUUUGUGUCAUUGUGAUAUUUUGUACUUUAAGUAAUGAAGUAUUUGUACUUAAUUGUUAAAUGUUAAUAAAAGAGUAUUUUAAUAGAAAUCA